AUGAAGCUUGUAAUGAUUUCGAUGCUGCUUCGUUUGUAUUUAAUGUCCGCUCCACUAGCCUUACAAAAUUGCAGGGGGCAAAUUCUCAAAGAUUUGGUCAACUAUGAAGAAGAACUGCACAGUGUGGAAAAGGGCAAAUAUUUGUUCGCAGAUCGUUUGCGAGGAAUCCGUGCCCUUGUCAUUUUGGAUGAUGUGGAUGACCGAGUGCAAUUGGACGCCUUAGCUGGGCAUUGGUUGUCUCCUGGCAGCUGCUUAAUCAUAACUUCUCGAGAUCGACACAUUCUCAAUACAGCUCACAUCUCAUCCGUAUGCAUUCACCAGAUGAGCGGAUUGGAAGAAAGUGAAGGUCUCCAAUUGUUUAGCUGGCACGCGUUCCUCAGACCGUCCCCAAUUCCUGGUUAUGAAGUGCUCUCGAAAAGAAUAGUGCAGGCUUGCAAGGGGCACCCUCUUUCUCUGGAAAUCAUUGGAGCUUUCUUGUAUGAUAAGCAGAACGACACAGAUAUUGACUGCUGGAAUGAAAUUCUUGACAACUUUACAGUGAACAAAGACAUAUUUAAAACACUCAAAAUCAGUUAUAAAGGUCUUAGUGUUGAGGAAAGAGAAAUAUUUUUGGACAUUGCUUGCCUUUUUAUUGGGGAACGCACAACUAAUCCCAUUCUUUUCUGGAAAUCCAUGUACAAGAAUGUGCGCAUUGCUAUCACCAAUCUUUCAAUGAAGUUGCUGAUAAAGAUAGACGAAAAAGAUGUAUUUGAUAUGCAUGAUCUUGUGCGAGAUAUGGGGCGAAUGGUUGCUGAAGAAGAGCAAACCCGGCAAUGGCAGACUGCGCAGUCAAGCAGUUCAUCCAAAAAUGUAAGCAAUAUCUCUGGCCUUCGUCUCCAUAAAGGUGAUUUACGGAGCCUUAAAAUGUUGGGCACACCUAGUCUUCGCUAUCUUCAUUUGGAGCAAGUGCACAUAGAAGAUAACACAGACAAUCUUCCUCCAAGUUUGAGAUGGCUAAAGGUGGAUUCUUGUUCCUUUCCGAAGACAAUGUAA